AUGGCCUCUGAAGUCGAUAAUCCAAACAAGGGUCAUAAUUCUUUGCAAGAAAGAACAGAUGAAGGCAUAUCAGAAUCCUCAAGACAACCCUGUAUGAGCCAAGAAUGUUUCUACCAAGAUGAUAGCAUGUGCCCAUGCUAUAUGUGUAAUAAUCAUGGAAUAGACUCAAAGUCGACACUGUCAGACGAUGGAUUCUCAGGAGUGGAGUUUGCAAUAAGAACGUUUUGGAGAAUUGCAAAAACACAAAAUGAUAUCGAAUCACCAACAGAAGGAAAUUCAAAAGGCUUCCAUUAUAGACUACUGUUACACCCAAGAGGAACAGCAGGAACCGAUUCUGAGUCGAGUCACUUAUCAGUGUUUGUGGAGGCAGUAGUUCAGGACUGGUACCCUGAAUAUUGGGUAUUCCCAAAUGUUAGAUUUGAACUGACAGUAGUGAACUUCAAAGACCCGAAGCAGUCGGUAACAUCGUGGGCACAUUGGAGCUUUUCAAGCGACGCAACAUCAAGAGGAUGGCAAAAAAUGAUAUCACAUUCUAGAUUAACAAAGGCAGCAGGGUUUAUGGACGAUGAAGGAACAGUAGUCAUUAGAGGAAAAGCAGAACCGCCAUACUCAUCACUAUGGUCCAGAUCCAUACUGUACCAACCACAAAUGAUGUGGGAAUAUAUACCAGAUCGAGCCCAGAGAGAAAUUUGCUCAGAAAUAUGCAACAAACUGAUAAAUAAUAAUCAACCUACACCAAAUCAUACAACCGCUCCAGAUAACGAAGAUGAAAAUAUUACGGAUGUGAUGUUGCUCAAGUGCCUAGAUUCAGUAGUGCCAGCAGUGACGCCAACAUUAGACAGUGAUUUCUUGGCGCUAAUGGUGCACAUUUUGUACCACCUGAGAGAGUUCAGAAGAAGCGUCCUGAUGUGGAACUACGAAUUCGAUGCAGAUGUGACGGAAGAAACAAGCGUAAUAUUGGCACUUCAGAAGGUUUUCGCAUACAUGUAUCUAUACCCACUGGCAGUUUCAUGUAGAACAUAUAAACUCUCAGCAAUUGAUAAUCCGAAGAUAUCCAAGUAUUAUUUGUAUGAGUUGGUACCAAAGACGACAUACAAAUAUAAACCACAAUAUUUUCAAACAAAUAAAGAUAAUAGUAGUAAUGGCGAAAGUACAGAUAAUGGUACAACAGACGACCUACAACUAAUACAUGAUAAGUAUGACCACCCGACUGUUAACUGUUGCUCGUUCGAUGGCGGAAGAUACGAGUGGGAAGUUAACGAAGAAACAAAAACAAAUUCAACUAAAAAUAGAGAAGAAGGUGAAAAAACAGAUAAAGGAGGAUAUAGACUUGUACCAGGAAGCCUGAGUUAUAGCAUAGGAGAGCGACCAGAUAUAUUUUCUAAACUAUUACCACCACCACCAAACCUGAAAGCAAUCUUGAAAGCAAUGCAUAUGACAGAUUUACAAACAAUGGAACCACAAGAACAACUGGUAAAUCUACAUUCAGAAAUGUUCACAAUGAUCUUAAGAGAUUUAGCAUCAGCGAAGAAAGUUUUAAAACAAAGAAGAAUUAAGUCAAACAGUUCAGAAUCAAUCUCAGACCCAGCAGAACAAGAAAAAAAGGAAGAAGAAAAAACAAUACCAUUGUGUAUGAGAGACCAAACAUUAUUAGAGUCGACAUGCAAGUUUUUAUUCUCAGGAUCACCAGAAAACGAAACUUUGUUCCGAAACCCAAGUGUAGACGAUAUCUCCACAAUUUACAUAAGAUGUAAACACUCAAACUCGUUACAAAAAGCAUUAGAAGCGACACCAAAGACCAUGACGAGAUACCCGCAAGUGCUCUUCUUUUAUUUAUACCCGACCAAAAAUGCAAAGAAGGGAGAACUGUUUGAUGUGCCACUGAGGUUGGAUUGCACGUCAAUAAAGUCAACAGUGGCGUACGAUAACAUGAGCGAUGAUAGCAGAAACACUAACAACUAUGACGAUUACGGAGUGUUUGAGUGCUCAGAAGACGAAGAUGAUGCAUUCGGAGAGUUUGAUAACGUGUGCGAAAAGGAACACACCUCAGUAAAGUGGUACUCAUUAUACGCACUGAUAAUCAAGGAGGGAGAUCUGAGGUAUGAAGGUUUGGGGAAGGGAACGAGUGCUUUCAACACGCUUCUACUGAGACCAGAGGAGGAUGGACCGUGGUAUAGAAUGAGUGAAGGAAAGGUUGAAAAGUUGACAACAAAAAUGGACUUCACCGAGUGGAAGUGCCAUAGGGAUUUCUUCUGUGUCUCGGCAGUAUACAUAGCUGAGGACUAUAUAGACAUGCUCCAAGUGGGAGAGGUGGACUUAGUAGGGAACCUGAAACAGUGGAACCCGAAUUUGUACUACUCAACGUUGUCAGAAUUGGGAGUGAGCGAACAGGAAAUCCUAUUGGCAAUUAAAUAUAAAAUGAAUCAAUCAAAGAAAGAAAAUGAUACAGAUGAGUACAGUGAUGGUUUAAUUAAGGAUAAUUCACUACCUAAGGACCUCAAGUUCGGUAAACAGUUUUUCAAUCCUAAAGAACUUGAACAAAAGGAAGAUUUAGUAGAUAAAUUCGGGAAGGAAAACAUGAACUCAAUAUACGAUUACCUGCACCUGAGAAGAGUAGGACAGAAUCACCCAAGGCUAUCCUCAUGUUGCGAAGUACACGGAUAUAAUUAUGAACUUUUAAUGAGACUGGAUGAAAAGGAAAGAAGAUUAAAGUACGAAGUGCCUGUAACCAAGAGAGAUAUGAUGAGAAGACUUAACCGACUAAAUACAAUUGCACCUUUUGUGAGCUGGCUAUUUAACGCAUCUAAAGAAAACACAGCGUUGUUAAACGGAAUAAACCCUCCAGCGGACGGAAAAUUGUUGGUAAACUUUUUGCAAAAAAGAGAAAGAAUCUUCGAAGAGGAGUUUAGACACUUAAUUUCAGAAAUGUUCUUUAAGGAAAUGGCAGAAAAUCUAGCGUCAAAUGGGAUUUAUACCUGGAACGGAACGUCAUGCUCAUGCGGAUGUUCAUGCAAAACCUGCCUUAAUAAGCCUGCAAUGUUACUGACUCAGAACGGAAGGUUCCCAGGAGAAAGUCUCAAAUCAUAUUUGUCGGAGCCAGCAACAAUACUAUUUAGGAACAUACAGAUACUUAGAUGCCAUCUAGAGUACUUUUGUAAAGAUUGCAGAAACCUGACGCUUCAGUUCCAGGAAAAAAGGUCCAGCAAGACCCAAGAAAAAAAACAAGAAGUGGAAGUUCAGCCGAUACAGCACCUGCUGGAAGGAACGCAACUGCAACUGCAGUACCAACAGUUCCUAAGUAAUCUCCAGAACAAUGGCCCAAACACAAACCCACAUCAGAACCCAGAUGAUAUAGUGUCCCACAAGUUGGUGAAGUACGAGUUCGACUCACACCCGACGCUCCAGCAAAUACUUAACCCACAUAAGUUUGAACCGGGAGAAAAGGGAAGUGAGAUGUCACAGUUCAAGUCGACGUCAGAAAGGUCAGCAUUGUUUUUAAUUGAAUGCAUAUGGGACGCGUGCGUGAGAUACACAAUGGACUGCAGAACCAUACUAUUCCUGAAAGCAUGCUCAAUUGAUGCGUUCAAUAAAGGAACACCGGCUCCAUCGACCGGCUUUAAAAACACGUUAAUGCCGUCAGGAGCACAAUGCAAGGACCUUUUCGUGUUUGACGGAAGUUUGGGAAGUUGCUCUGAGUUUAUGGAGCACGAAGAAAUGAACUAUGCAGAUACCAAGUAUGACCUGACGCCAAAGGAAGAGCUGGAGAUCAUGAAACACUUUAGUAAGAAAUACCAAAUUCCAUCAGUAUCGGAUAUGAGAAACUAUUUGAGAAGACAACAUGUACUGGUAUUCUCACUAAUAAGACCACAUGAACUCCUUAGAAGUUAUCUUGAGCAUAAAUAUAAGAUCAACUUCGUGGAAGAGCUAGAAAAAUUGGGAUAUAACGUUGUUUGGAACGAAGAAGCAUUCAACCAGAAGGCGAGUUUGUCGGAUUUGUCCGAAUCUGAGUUAAAGUUGUAUGGAAUUAACAAUCUUGUCCCAGAUUCAUUGCAAGGAAUAGGACACCACCUGUGUAAUAUCUAUGAGAGAAUGCUGACAAAAAUGUUGGUCCACAUGCAGGAUGUGGAUAAACAAAUCUUUCCAAACUGCUUUGAUUACGUCUACACAGUGGGAGACAUAGCGAGCAUAGUCCAGGCGAUCAAAUUAGAAUGUGAUAAGACGUUGGGUACUUCAGAAUUAUCAGAAAAUUUAGAUAGAAGUGAACUACAAGAUGACAUGGGCACAAAACACAUGGAUAAUAUCAAGUGUGGAAAUUCAUGUGGGAAUAUAAGUAGUAAUAUGCACCUGUGUUCGCACGAAGGAUGCGUAUGCUUGGGCCACGAAUGCAGAUAUAAUUUUGGAUACACAGGGUACAUACUCCCAUUCUGGAUAGCUAACGAGAUGGCAGACCUGACAGUGUUCACAAAUUCACAACUGCAAGCAUACAAUGAGUCAUUGAUUGAGGACCUUUCAGAACUGUGUCUAAAGUCAGAUGAUAAGAAAAAGAAGAAGGUAAAGCCAAGGAAACAGACACUGGAGAAAGUAACCUGUAUAAUACCACCACUAGAUGUUAAGCUCAAACAAAUAUCAUUUGACCAGUUUUUGGCAUACAAAACUGACCCGAUGGUGUUCAUGAACCCGAACACAGUAGCAAGGUUCUAUUAUAAGAGAGAUAAAUUCCUAGGAAAACAAAAAUUCUCACAGCUUUUCAACCACACGAAUCCCUACAAACAUAACCUAAACACGUCGCUGAGUUACCUGUCAAUACUAAACAUCAAUAACAAGAAAAGAGGAUCAGGUGCAAACACACCAACAAUCAUAUCAGAACAAUUUAAUUUCGGAUACCCAGAUAAUAAGGUCAACAAUAAGUUAAAGGAUAGUAAGGAGAAGGGAUUUUUUGAAAUUACCCUAAAAGAUUGUGAUACGGGAAAAUUUAUAGCAUCGAAAAGCUUCAGCAUAGAAAAUAACGAGUCGGAGUCUAAUAAGGUUAAAAACUCAAUUGAAAUAGGAAUAUUGACGACACAUGACUUGUUUGGUCUGGAAGGGUUCUCGUGUGAAACGAAGGUGGUCCCAACGAAGAGACUUUUCGUGAAUUACAAAUAUCACGGGUUGCCAACUAAAGUGUAUCACCUGUACUGGGCGAUAAGAAAGUUGAUAAACUCACAAAUGUCAGAUGAAUUGUUAACAUUGGGAUCAAAUAGACCUAAGAAAAAGUUGAAGUGCAUAUGCGAUAAUGAAUGUCCGGACGAAAACGAAUGCCCAGUAAAGCAAUCGUGGAGGCCAUGCGCAGGAGACUGUUUCAUGCUCUAUGCACUCAAAAAUGAUAUGCACUCACUUAGAAUAGGGAAGAAGUUCGUUUACAUGCAGCCUGGAAGUGAUUUGAGCUACUAUUUAAACCCAGAUAAAGCAAGAGGGCCGGAUAUCACAGUAUUGAUUUGUGGUGCUCCAUCAUCAUUCUACCUAAACGGAGCAAGUACAUGGUUUCCACUACAAGAUGAUUCAGACUACCCGCUGCUCAUAUUUAAGUGGAUGUGUGUGGACACGGUGGACCUGGUGUGUCUGGGAGCCAUUGUGUGUGACUCGAAAAAACAACUCCAGCAAUAUAUAUUCGAGUGGCUCCUCCCAAUAAUCAAGGAGUUGGGCUACCUCUCAUCAAAUGAGUCAGGAAAGGAAGGUGGGAAUCAGAGUAAUUGGACAAAUAAAGAUGAGGACGUAGACAGGUACCAGGUCCUGGAAGAAUGCUCAGUAAGGAGUGUCCAGAACGUACGUAGAUGGAGCUGCGCAAUAAAGAAGAUAAAUAAGAGGUCAGGAGAUGUCAUUAUAACUCAACUGAAGAGGACUGUAGACUCGCCAGCGACAAUGAGAUUUAAGGAAUCGGUGCUAUUCAUGAACUUGGUUAAGGAGCUUACGGAACUUGAAGCACUUGAGCUGUUACCAGAUACAAACAAUUUCUACAGUGACACAUGGUCGAAGCCACAGCAAGAUCAGCCAGACUUGGUGAACAAGCUGUCCAAGAAGAAAAAGAGAAAGUCAACGAAGUCUGCAAUACCCUCCAACAAAAAGAGCACAUUCUCCAAAAGAGUGCAGCCAACACAAAUAGAUGAUGAAGAUAUCGAUGAUGAUAAGAAUGAAGAUAAUAGCACACUUAUCACAAGUUCUGUGGAUAACCUGGAACAUACUGAAAGGGGUGAAGACCAGGAAAUCCACCACACAAAAGAAAAGGAUAAAGAGGAUGAAGAUGAGUCCUAUUUCGGAAAAGAUAACAGAGAUGUGUAUUCAAUGAUGAAACAGAAACUUGAUAAAGACAUGGAUGAUGUGAUGGACAUUGAAAAGAAGGAACAUUUUGAGCAUAUUUUAGAAGAAUUAACGGAAAGUGAUAAGGAGCCGCAUGACAUGAACCAGCUUUUGUCAGAUUUCAAAGAUUUGGAACAUCUUGAAGAUAAAGGUUAUUUGGGAGCUGUGAGUGACAUGACGAAACAGCAAAUGCAAGACACUGAUAGAGAAUUCUUUACAUCCAGAGAAAACAUAGAAUCGUUUGAACUCCAGUCAAGUGUCGAUAAGACCCCAGAAGAGUUGCAAGAUGAUAUUAGUUUGUUGACCAGAGAAGGACAGUUUAGAAGAAUUCUGGAUCUAUGUCCCACUUUAGGACUUGAAAAUGUGUGCGAAGAGGUCUUUUCGAUGUUUGAAAAUGAGCUAAAGAGAGAUUUUGUUCAAUUGGGUAAAAGACUAAAGAACCUCCUUAAGUUGGUUAAGAUGUUGUGUACAAGAAUAAGUCGGCCUGAGCCGGUAAGAGAUAUGGUUAAGAAGAUACAUGAAACACAUUCUCUAAAGGCUGGAUUCUUAUUAUCUCACUUGUUGUCAGACUAUAACCCUACAAUACCACUGAUGGAUGACGUGCUCGAAUAUGUGUUACAGGACGUCAUGAAGUACAGUUAUUUCCUGUUCACUGACAAGAAUGGGUACAUCAGGACAAUUCUUCACCAGAUGGUUAACUCGCUCUACAAAAACACUAAGAUUGCCGAUAAGUUCGAUUCCUCACUAUUAUUUCUGAUAUAUGUUAUUGCGAAUCCCAAAGUAGAAUAUCCCGACAUUAAGACCCAGAUCAAACCCCUUGGUAAACUUGAGUCAGAUCACGAUCGGUUAGAGUGUGAGAAACAAAUGUCGGAUGAAAAUCCAGAAACUUUAGAUAGUGAAGAGCUUUCUGAAAACAACGUCAGAACUCUUUUGCAAAAGAAAAUGGAUUUAGUCCACAGAAGGACAAUCAAGGAAACUUUUCUGUUCAAUUUUGAAGAUAACGAGGGGCUUGUAACUAAACCGAUGUUGGAGUGGCUAGAUGAGGAAAUCGAACAGUUUGAACGUUUUUUCCUCCAACAGCUUAAAGUGUGGUGGAACACGCGCCAGAUGAUUCUGGAUAAAAUCAAGUCCAACAUCCACGCAACCUCAGGUAGAUUUAAAGACUCUUUGAUAAUCCACAUUAACAAUAAUGUAAAAACAAACGCACCUGGUAAAGAUAACCUUAGUUCUAAAUCUGGGAAAGAUGAGCUGUUUCUUGAUCUCUUUGAGUUCAGAAUCCUUCUGUAUUUUGUGGAAAAUUACCCAGAAAUUACUCUAUGCUUCAAUAGAGACUCUAUUACUCUGUAUUUUAGCGGUAAGAUCGACAAGAGAGCUUUUCUAAAGUCAAUCAAGGAGUCUAGACAGUUUUUCGGCUCCAAAAACACAAUUCGCUCAAUUCCAAAUCUCGCAAUUGAACACACUGAUACUACUUCCACCGCUGCUAGUCUCAUGGACAUGCAGCUCAACAAUAACAAGACUGCGUUGCUUUUGCUUUCGAUAAAGUACUCUAGUUUUUCUCAGCAGGUCGACUCCCAAUUUUUAAAGUCUAUUUCUUCUUACAAGACUUACAGGUCUUUUAACAUUCCUCCCCCUCCAAGCAGUUCCGCCAGCUUGGUUCAGGAUUCGAUUUAG